AUGAGCCGCUCCUUGGAAAUGUCUAUUCCUGUUGUUGAACGGUUAUCCUGGGAUCAAGCAUCCUUAUUUUCAUGUCUUCGCUUAUUCUCCAAGUCUGUCCAGGCAGUACGCGAAAUUAUCGCUGAUUUUUUUAUCUUCCAAUCUAUCCAUCAGGUUUCUUUGAAAGAGAAUGUCAACACCCUCCUUGAUAUUCCUUUAUCUGGUGUUUUUCUCAUACAAGGCCAAUCUUCCCGCUGCAUUCCAGUCAAUUGUCUGGCAGGGAAGUGCGAUACUAGUUCCAGCCUAGGACCCGGAAUGGCUCGCUCAUACGCUAAGGCUCGGCGUAUGCGUCACAAGUCAGGUUCAUCUGAUAAACCUCUAACUUCAUGUAACCAAGCCUCUUUUAUCGGAUCAGCCUGUUCAGCCAUCGGUGUUAAUGAUGGUCCCGGCUCUGAUACUCCCUUCACUCAGUCGUCUUCAUCUGCCGCCAAGUUUACUGUCACCAGCCCUAAAUUAGUGCUGAUAGAUGCCGGUAGAAUCAACUUAGACUCUAUGGACAGGGACUUUUCC